UUUUUUGAGACAGUCCAACGAGUUGGACCAACUGAAAGAUAGAAUGGAGAAAGUUCUAAAUGUUUUCUGUGAUGUGGACACUACUGAGUUUGUCAUUGUAACCAUCCCAACGGUCAUGGCAAUAAAUGAGUCUUCGGGAUUACAUGCAUCUUUAAGAAAAGAAAAUGUGCCAGUUCACAGGCUUAUUGUUAUACAAUUGUGUUUGUUGCAUUCAACUGAGUUAUGUCUAAGCUGACAGGUGUCAGGGCUGCAGAGGUUACAAACCCUAUGGGACAAGAUGAACAAGACCCAAGAGGCUAUCAACUCCCUCAAUUCCUAAAGACAUUGUUGGAAAUACAUACAUAUUCUAUCUCAAGCUCAGUGAAUUCAAUUUCUCGGCUAAUCAUAAGUCCUUCACUAUUGCAAGGAUCUUCGAUCCCACUGAUAGGAUACCAGGACCUUUUUUUGCUCCACAUGGUGGUGCCCACAACCCUGAUGAUGAUAAGCAUGGAAAGAAAUGUGCUUCUUCCAAGUUCCAUUUUGGUGUCUCCUCUGGCUGUAAUCCCCCUGAGGGUGGUGACGAACCCAAGGAACCAUCUGAUGCUGAGGGAACCAUACCAAACAGUGAGCAAUAGGAAUCAAUUUCUGAGGACGUUUGUGACGUCGCCCAAGGUUCACCAGAAGGGAAAUCCACUGAAGAAGGCCCGAAAUGCAUAGAUCUUUGAAGGAGAUGAUAUGAGGAACUAAGCCAAUGUGUUGACAUAUGCUUUGUCUUUUUUUCAUUCGGUUUAUGUUAGGACAGAAGGUCCCCUAUCUAAUUUACAAUUCUGUUGCAUUUGUUUUCGUUUCCAGUUGCUAGACGUUUGAAGUUUUUUAAUAUUACUCUUUUCUUAUUUUAUAA